AUGGGUAAAGCAGGGAAAUCAUUGAAAUCCGCUCUCCAGUCUCAACAGUCACGCCAAAAGCACAAGGAGCAGAUAAACAAGGCUGCUCGGAUAUUGGAACAAAAAGCGAAGAGCACCAGACAGCCUCGACAACGAACAGCUUUGGUCCCUUCGACGUCCCGGCCCACAAUACCAUUCUCUGCUACAGAUACGAUUCUGCUCAUUGGGGAAGGAAACUUUUCAUUUGCGCGUGCUUUGAUUCAGGAUGCGCCUCUACCACUAACUCACAUCCCACCCAGUAACAUCACCGCAACCGCAUAUGACUCUGAGGAGGAGUGCUAUUCAAAGUACUCGGAUGCUCGAGCCAUCGUCGCUCUUCUGCGAGAGUGCGGUGUCGAGGUUCAUUUUGGUGUGGACGCGUCUCGGUUGGACAAAAUACCACUGUUAAGAGGACGGCGAUGGAACAGGAUAUGUUGGAACUUCCCUCACGCUGGUAAAAGCAUUACUGACCAGGAUCGGAAUAUUCUGUCUAAUCAGGUCCUUAUUAUAAACUUUUUGAGAGCGGCUGCUAGCUUGCUGAAAACCGGUCCGAUACUAUCUGUGACUGGUUCCAAGAAGAGAAAACGUGCAAAUGACGAAAAAGAAGAAGAAGCGGAAGAGACGGACGAGGAAAAGUCUGCAAAGACUGGUGCUAGAGGAACAAUUCUUAUAACACUACGGAACGUUCCACCCUAUACUCUAUGGGACAUCCCAAGGCUGGCGAAGCACCCGCCUCCGCCAACGUCAGGGAGUACACAACCAAAUCCUGCCUACAUAGUUCAAAGGUCAUUUGUAUUUCAUCGUAACGUAUGGAAAGGCUACGAACAUCGAAUGACCAAGGGCGAGCGAGCGUAUGGCACGGGUAAAACGGGAGAGGGAGGUGAAGACCGUACUUGGGAGUUCUGUCUUAGGGAUUGA